AUGAAAAUAUCCAACAUUGCUAAUGCCGCCGUGCUACUGGCUGGUCUGUCAUCUGGCUGUGGACAUCAUCACGACGACGAUAAAGUUUGGACAAAGGAGGAAUUGGAUGAGCUGGAGAGGAAAUGGGGACAUGAGUGGUCCUUCAGCGGCAUCGCUACAUUCGCCCAUCUUCCCCAUGUCAAGUGCUUGACCAACCCGGAGGAGCAGUUUGACAUUGCCAUUGUAGGCGUACCGUUUGACACGGCCGUCAGUUAUCGGCCUGGCGCAAGAUUCGGCCCCCGUGCCAUCCGUCAGGCAUCGUCCAGACAGACGAGCUUCCGCGGCUUCAACCCGAGGGCCAACAUCAACCCGUACCAGAACUGGGCUCGCGUCAUCGACUGCGGCGACGUCCCCGUCACUCCCUUCGAUAACGAUAUUGCCAGGGAGCAGAUGACGCAGGCCCUCACCGAGCUGGGCUCCCACAAGAGCAUCUCCGCCUUGAGUCCCAAACCCAAGCUCAUGACUCUCGGGGGCGAUCAUAGUCUCACUCUUCCUGCUUUGCGUGCUCUCAACAAGAUUUAUAGAAGGCCGAUACAGGUCCUUCACUUUGACGCUCACCUCGACACCUGGAACCCCAACGCCUACCCGUCAUACUGGGGGGCGACACAGUUCAACCACGGCUCCAUGUUCUGGAUGGCCAACCAGGAAGGGCUCCUGUCAAACAGCUCGUCUCAGCGGUCUGUGCACGCCGGCCUGCGUACGCGUCUCAGUGGUACGGGGUGGGAGGACCACGACGACGACUCGGCGCAGAACUGGGUCCGAUUCUCGGCCGACGAUAUGGAUGAGAUCGGCACGGCCGGCAUCAUCAAGGGCAUCAUGGAGACUCUGGGCACCGAGGAACCCGUCUACCUGUCCGUCGACAUCGACGUGCUCGACCCGGCCUUCGCCCCCGGCACUGGCACCCCGGAGCCCGGGGGCUGGACGACGCGCGAGCUCAUCCGCGUCCUGAGGGGCAUCGAGGGGCUCAACAUAGUCGGCGCCGAUGUCGUUGAGGUCUCCCCCGCCUACCAGAACGCCGGGGAGGAGACGUCGCUCGCUGCCGCCCAGGUUGCCUACGAGCUCAUCAGCUCCAUGGUCAAGAAGGGCCUCGAGCACAUGGGCAAGGAGGGCGACGGCGGCGUCUCGAGGGAUGAGCUGUAA